AUGGGACACCCUUACUUGUUUAACCCCGCCAUCGCGUUGCCAACGACACUCGCCCGAUGGGAUGUUGGUUCUGGUCUGGUCUCAGCCCAGAUUGGGACUGGCAGAGGUGCCGACCUCUUUCCCUAUCCCACGUUUAACUUUGGCGCUACGCAUGCGAUCCGCGACGCUUCUCCGCCUGACAGCGGCCCCGUGCCGACUUCCUUCGUUGAUGGCGCUGCCUCGCUCGCUGGGUCGGAUUACGACUGCCUGUCGCCGGCCCCAACCGAGAACCGGAGCCGUGGCCAGCGGGCCUCUACAGUGUCCACCGAUAUCACGGAACCAGACCCUGCUAACUCGACGCCUUCGACUCCCCUUCGGCAAAGUAUAGCUUCCAAGCCCACACCGGCGUCGUUCGAGGUCAUCGCGUACGAUCCAACUGCCGAAGGGAAAGGAAAGCGGUCCCGGAAACGGUCAGCUGACGACGAGGUCGCUGCAGCUGUAAGGGCACCUUCUCGAACUCUCAUGGAAGUCCAGAAAAAGGGCGAGAAUGGCGAGCUGCAAGGGGCCAUGAUCACAUUUGGGAGCCGCCCCAACAAAAGGACUGCCUUUAGUGAGAAUAAGAGACGAGAGACGGCGAUUGCAAGAAAAGACGGAGUGUGCGACCGCUGCAAGAAAUCCAAGAGAAAGUGCGACCUCUCUUUGAAGAUGAGCCCGUACGAGAGCUGCACCCUUUGCUUGUGCACGCGUACCUACAAAGGCGUUCCACGGAUGCCAUGCUCACAGUCGGCAAUCAAGGAAGUCGUGUUUUUCCGUAAGGGGCCUGCACCAAACGAACCCCUCUUCACCUCUCGGCGCAUUCUUUUCGACCUCAGAGAUAUCUCCAAGCCAAACGUCGCUGUCAAAACACUGGAGCUUACGCAGAAGCCCGGCCGGCACGGCCCAAGUCUAACUGUCUACGCCUCCGAGUUUAGUCCGCUGCCUGAAGAUGUCAUCUCCUACAAAUGGAAGGAUACCAGCGGCAAGGCCCGAGAGAUGACAAUGCCACUCUUCUGUCUGACAAACCUUGACAAGGUCACCAAGCAAUUCCGUCAGUAUAUUGAGGUCGCGAAUCGGUCUUACAUGGAUGCCUUGAGGACUGAGGACAAACUCGCAUGGGAGACGUUCUCAAUGGCCAUGAAUCACUCCGAAAAGAAGCCCAAAUCACUGGUGUCAAUCGCUUUAGACCUUUGGGCUAUAUCCCGCAUGAUCGAAACCCCUUGGCAAAUGUGUGGGAGCGACACUCUUGGUGUUUCUCGAAUUAAUGACCCCACCAAUCCUCAUGACGGCGCAAUUCCCAUCCCGCCCAUCAUGGAUACCCAGCUUGAUCAAAUCGUGAUCCAGAACGUUCUCUUGCCUCUCCGAAACGAGCUUGUCAGCAAGUUCGACAAUAUGACUGCGCCACCCAAGCCAGAGGAUUGGUUCGAGAUCUACCUCACCGCCUUCAUCCUCCUUAACCACAUUGCGAGGCUCGCCAAGCACUCCGUAGCUCAUGCAAAACUCCAUACCAUGCCGACAAAGUACUCCAACAAAGAGUUUCUCGAAGGCGCUUUCCACACGGCCAAGAUCAUUUUGGCACGCUUCCACUUUGUCUGCAACGGCUCGGCCCCCCUGCGACUGAACUGGAAGUUGCCGACAACAUGUGCCAUGGCAAAUCUUGAGCCUGAUCAAGUCGCGUUUAUGGAGACCACCCAAGCCGCCAUUCGGUCAAGAGAAAAUGAUCUUCGCCAUCUGCUGCCCACUCACGAGUAUGAGAAUCCCCUCUACUGGUCUCAUCAGCUGUUUUUCAAGGAGUGGGACAAAUCCCCGGCAUGUGUGGUCGAGGCGUACUAA